GUCUGACGAUUCUAUAUCUAUACAUAUUGUUAUUGCAUAUAUUGAAAUGCUUUUGCCUGUCUUCCUUUGAUAGUCCGAAACCCAUGCAACGCCCCCUUUCUCUCCAUCAAUCUCUGCCUCACAACACAAAACCCAUCAUUCCAACAAUUUCCAGUUUCUUUCUUUUGCAGCCCCACCCUGAUUUUAUCCAAAAUUGCUCUGGAAAAGGGGCCAAGAAUCCUGAUUUUUUUUUUUUGUUUUUCUCCGCGGACAGUUGAUUAAGAUAGUCUUUACUGCUUUUGGACGAUCGGUAUUAUGUGCUAAUGGAGAUUUAGGAUGUGACUUGAGUAAUCAUUGAUGAGGGAAGGUUAGAAGUUGGUGUUUAUGUUUGCGAACACAUUGAAGAAGUUGUAACAUUACGGUGAAUGAAGAAAGUAAUCUGAUUUCAUGUGCUGCAUAAGAGCAAGAAGCAAAACCUUUUUAUUUGUACAACGCCGCCUAGCUGUUUUGGAUGCAUUACUACUUAGUUACAAUUUGGCGACAGAGGACCGAGGAGCCAAACGUUUUAGUGUUUGGGACACUGAGUGGUUAAAAGGACUUAGAUUAAGGGAGCUCUUGUCCACAGAUGCAUAACUUUGCUGGAUAUUUAAGGAACAAGUUUGAAGGACGGAGAAUGCUCAUGCCAAGUGAAAUUCAUCUUUGGUUGAGAACAUGAAGAGUGAACUCUAUGGUUGCGCAGGCCAACAAUGUGACGGUGAUUCGACCCAUAUCAAUCCGGAUGAUCAGAACUUCGAUAAAUCUCUGCAUAAUAUCUCAGUACAGACAGGUGAAGAAUUUUCGCCUGAGUUCUUGAGGGAUCGUGUUAUGUCUAGGAGAACGCAUUUGGUGAAAGAUGUUGAUCCAAUCCCUACAAAGUUGCCAGCUUAUGAUGUUGUCCAGAAUCACCAUCUUGUGCAUGAGGAUUUGACAGGUUUUCUUGGGAUAAGGAGAAGAGAUCCUGAGAUGUGCUCAGAGUUCUCAGAUUUUUCUCCUAGCAAAGGAUAUUUGGAUGGACAAAGUAGAUAUUACAGGGAAUUCCAGGUCAGUGCACGGCAUCAGAGAAGAUUCUCUGACGACCUUGAUAGGGGUAGUCCAUAUGGGCCACCAAUUUAUUCAUUAGAUUCCCCGAAUACCUAUCAGCCUUGUGGUAUAGGAUCAGGAUUUCCAGAUAGUUCAUUCUAUCCGAAAAUGAAAUUCCUUUGCAGUUUUGGGGGAAAGAUAUUACCAAGACCAAGCGACGGGAAACUUAGAUAUGUUGGUGGAGAGACGAGGAUUAUAUCCAUCAGAAAAAACUUAACGUAUUUUGAGCUUGUGAAGAAGACCACUGCAAUCUGGAAUCAUCCUCAUACAAUCAGGUACCAGCUUCCAGGUGAAGACCUUGAUGCACUUAUUUCUGUGUCUUCUAAUGAGGAUCUUCAUCAUAUGAUAGAAGAAUACCAUGAUCUUGAGAGAAGUUCUCAGAGACUUAGAUUAUUUCUCGUUUCUUCUGGUGAUCCUGAGGGCUCAUGUCCUAUGGAAGCGAGGACCAUACAGCAAACUCAUGCUGAUUAUCAGUAUGUCGUUGCAGUUAACGGCAUGGUUGACCCGAGCCCUCAGAGGAGCUCUAGCAGGGAGAGUCUGGGAAGCCACGGGGGAAGUAACUUGGAUGGCAGUUCGACCCCUCAACGGGACUCUCCUACCUUGUGUCAUCAGUUAGAGAAGCGGAAUGGAGGCAGUUCUGUAAGUCACAAAGUGGUACUUUCGAGUCCCACUGCUCAAGCGAUUAAUGUUCCUCAACUCCCUUCAAAGUCCUAUAUUCCAUCUCUAGUCCAUGUUAAAGAUCUGAAAAUUUCCUGUAUGAAAGGAUAUGAAGAUGUUACAUGUCAAGAUGGCUAUGGAUAUGCUAGUCCAUAUGUUGUGGACUCCCCAGCUUAUGAAAGUCCGUAUUGUGUUGACGCCACAAGCUAUUACAGAAAUCAUCCCAUUGAUACCUUGCUGUGGAUAGAUAGUCCAAAUAAGAACAAUCAAAUUAUAGACUCGCAUGCAACUCCUAUGUUGCGCUCUCACUCCCGUAAGCCCAGUGCAGAUUUUGAGUCUCCUGCACGAUAUGGUCCCGGUGAUUUUAUUGAGAGCAGAGGCUUGCCAAAUUCUGUGCCCCAACAUUCUGAAAAUUUACUCUUUCCUCUGUCCAAUGUUCAAGUUGAAUCUCACAAGAAAGCAAGUGGAUCACAACAACAAUAUGAAGAGAAAGCGGUUGUCCCUUCAAAAGAAAGGACAGACAAAUCUCCUAUGAUUUUUUCCACGUCCAGUUCUUCUCAAGAAAAACAGAUAGAACAUGAGGAAUAUAAAGUAUAUAGGAAUAAGGAUCAGCACUUUGAAGAGACUCUAUAUCUUAAAAAAGAGUGGAUCAAGACAAAAGAAACCUCUACUAAGCAAGAUGUGAAAAACCAAGCUGUUAAAAAUGAUUGUGCGUCAAAUGCAGAUCUUCCGGAGUGCAAACAGAAUUUGGCAAAAAUAAUAUGUCAACCAGAUCUAAACCACGGUUUUCAUACUGGACCAUCAAAGCCACAGCUCAAUGGAGACAAGAGUUCUGUUUUGUCAUCUAAUUGUUUGGAGGGUACAGCAGAAGCUUGGAAAGAGAAUUACCAAAUAAGUCCGAGUGAGCCUGAAUUCCUCAUCAACAGCCAAAAAGCAGCGAAUAAUCAGAAGCAUCACAAUCCUCAUGUGAUUGACUCUAACAAAGUUCUCCAUGGAUGUCACAGGCUUCAAUCCAUAGCAUCUGAGGAGAAACCUGGAAUGAAUUCUUGCAAGAAGUUGAAUCCUAGUAAGAGCACCUUGGUCCAAUCUCAAUCCUCUUAUAAGUGUCAGAAAACUGGUUUACUAGAAGUACCUGUUGUAGUUGAAGGCGUGACUGAUUGCAUGCCACAUGAAGCCGCAUCCUGCUCAACUACUAUCCCAUGCGUACAAGAUGAACAGAGUGACGGGAUUGAAUCCCAUAGAGAGGAAGAAGCUGAGAGUGGUAUCCCUGAAUCUGACUUUGAAGAUCUUAAAGUUGAUGAAGAUAAGGAUGAGUCAAUAAGUGAAGCUGCAAUAAUUGAAAUGGAAGCAGGGAUAUAUGGUUUGCAGAUCAUUAGAAAUGCUGAUCUGGAAGACCUGCAAGAGUUAGGAUCUGGAACAUUUGGAACUGUAUACCAUGGGAAAUGGAGGGGAACAGAUGUUGCCAUCAAGAGAAUAAAAAAGAGUUGUUUUGCCGGGAGAUCUUCCGAACAAGACAGACUGACGAAAGACUUCUGGAGGGAGGCUCAGAUUCUUUCUAAACUUCACCAUCCAAAUGUUGUAGCAUUCUACGGUGUUGUUCCUGAUGGACCAGGUGGCACAUUGGCCACUGUGACUGAAUUCAUGGCUAAUGGGUCACUAAGGCAUGUCCUCUUGAGGAAAGAUCGAGCACUUGAUCGGCGUAAAAAGGUUAUGCUUGCACUGGAUGCUGCUUUUGGCAUGGAAUACCUGCAUUUGAAAAAUAUUGUUCAUUUUGAUUUAAAAUGUGACAACUUGCUAGUCAACUUGGGAGACCCGCAACGCCCUGUAUGCAAGGUUGGUGAUUUUGGACUGUCGAGAAUUAAGCAGAAUACGCUUGUCUCAGGUGGUGUUCGGGGAACGCUUCCAUGGAUGGCUCCUGAGCUACUGAAUGGAAGCAGUAGUCGUGUUUCUGAGAAACAGGUCGAUGUUUUCUCGUUUGGCAUAGCAAUGUGGGAGAUUAUUGCCGGAGAUGAACCAUAUGCAAACAUGCACUGUGGAGCCAUCAUAGGUGGAAUUGUAAAUAACACUCUCAGGCCACCAAUCCCUGAACGGUGUGAUUCCGAGUGGAGGAAGAUGAUGGAAGAGUGCUGGUCGCACGACCCAGAUGCCAGGCCAACAUUUACGGAGAUUACAAACCGGCUGCAGGUUAUGUCGAAGGCUCUCCAACCAAAGAGAUUCAACAGAGUUAAAAGAUGAGAUCCAUUUCCAGCCUAAGUAAAGGACUUAUGUAAAUUUGAUUGAAAAGCUGAAAAAACAUAGUAGGAAUCAUACAAGUCUCAAGCCUCCCUGUGUAAGUUUGGCUUUCUCACUUGUUGUAAAGUAAUUUUUCUUUUUCUUAUUUUGUGUAUAAAGAUUCUUUCUCCAGAUUUCUGGUGGCAUUUAUGUAGGUUUUUUUUCCUGGCGUAUGGACAGGAAAAAAUAUAAUAUCAUAUCAGAA